GCCCAAAGAUGGUGGUCCACAACUGGCUAGGAGGUGGUGUGGCUCAGAAAGUGGUUGCAGCAGGUCUGAGGUGCAUUGUCAGCAACCAGGACAAAUGGUACUUGGACCACUUGGAUACGACAUGGCAGGAGUUUUAUAUGAAUGAACCACUCAAAAAUAUCACAAACCCCAUGCAGCAGAAAUUAGUUAUUGGUGGUGAGGUUUGCAUGUGGGGUGAACACGUUGAUGGGUCAGAUCUUGAGCAAACCAUAUGGCCACGAGCUGCUGCAGCAGCAGAGCGGCUGUGGUCCCCCUAUGACAAUCUGGCUAAGGAUCCAAGGCAGGUUACUGGAAGGCUGGCUCACUUCAGGUGUUUGCUGAAUCAAAGGGAAAUUGCUGCUGCCCCAUUGGCUGGACCAGGCCGAGUUGCACCUGAAGAACCUCCUGCUACAAACAGUAGAAAGCUGAACAACAUUGUUGGUUGGAACCUUGUGAGCCCUCUCUGAGACUUGAACGCUGCAGCUUGCACAGGAUUCCUUCCCAUUUAUAUAUUAGAUUUAGCAGAUCAAUUAUGUUCGUCCAGUCAACAAAGAAUGCUUUUGAAGAGUUUGGAAGAUCUAAUGUAAUAGCAAAAUAUUUUCAAAAUAACGAAUGCUCCUGAAGGAAUGCUGUAGUAGCAACAUUAUUGAAAAUGAAGAAUGUUACUAGUAAAA